UAUAUUAAUUUGUGAAAAAAAAAAUGUGUUCGUCAACAAAAGGUCAACUUAUUAAAACAAGUUUUAACACUAAUUAAUGUCACAAGUUGCAUUUUGUAGACAUGAUAGUUGAACCAGAAGCUAAUGAAGAAGAGAACUUGGUGGAGAUUUCUAUAAAUAGUAAGGGAGAAGACUACUCGUGUGUAGUCCCAUUACAUAUUGCCCAGAUUCUAUUAAAUGAUCAGGAACGAGCCGAUGCGUUUAUCGAAGACCAUAUUGAAAAUGUUACAAAUAAUGGAAACGACGACGAUAUUGAAAAUGUUACAAGUAAUGAAAACGACGACACACAACUUGCGAAUGUUUGGUAUACCAAAAGCAGACCCACAGUAAAAUGUAUGACUGCCACCAGCAAAUUGUUGGAGCUUCGAUUAAGAUUAAAAGACAACUUUAAUGGCAAAAAAACUCAUAAGGAAACCUUAUGGGUUUAA